AUGUCAGAUCAAAUAACAGUUGAUGAGUUAUGGGCAGAAUGUGAACAAACUUUCGAAGAUCUUUUCCUCAAUUUGAAAAAAGGUUUAUCAAGAAAACGUUAUAUGGAGAUUUAUACCAAAAUAUACAAUUAUUGUUCAUCUGCCAAUGAAAAAGCUCUUAUUGAUUUUUAUAUUCCAAAAGUAAAGGUUUUAGUUGCUCAAAAAGCAGUAGAAAUCAUGUCAAGAUCAGAAUCAUAUCCAAAUGAUGCCUUAUUAUUAUUUUUCAGAAAUCAAUGGAAUGAGUGGAAGAUGUCAAGUAAUGUUUUAAAGAAUCUUUUAUCACCAGUUAAUAAAAUUCAUUCAAGUGAUAAAAAAACAACAAGUUCAUCAGCAAAUCAAAAUGAAUCAGUUGUUUAUUCAGAUACUCUUAAUUCAUGGAGAGAGACAGCAUUCAAUCCAUUAAAAAACAAACUAUCUGUUUCAUUACUCCAAAUUAUUAAAAACGAUAGAACUGGUUUCUCAACAAAUCUCCAAGUUUUAAGUGAUUCACUUGAAUGUUAUGUUCAACUUGGACCAGAAAAGAAUAAAUUAGAAAUUUAUCAAUCAUGUUUUGAACAACAAUUCCUUCAAGAAACAGAGACAUUUUAUAAAGCAGAAUCAGCAGAUUUCAUUGAAAAGAAUGGUGUUUGUGAAUAUAUGAGACACGUUUACAAUCGUAUUGAACAAGAGACCAAUCGUGUCAAUCAAUACAUGCCGAUCAGCACAUUAGAAAAAUUAACAAAGAUCUUAAACAAUGUUUUAAUUAGCAAUUACAAGGAACAAUUCGCCAGUAAAUUCCUUGACAUUUUAAUUGAAGAUAAGAGCAGUGAUCUCGUUAUGAUGUACUCACUUUUAUCUCGUGUCAAUCAUCUUACCCCAUUAAAGAACAUCUUCUCUGAUUUCAUUAAAUCCGAGGGUCUCAAAGAGAUUGAGAGUAAUUUGAAGGAGGCACAAGAAAAACCUCAAGUUCUCAUCUCUAUCCUCCUCAAGAUCUACAGUCGUUUCAAUAUUAUGAUCAAAGAAUGCUAUGGUAAUGAUACUGACUUCACCACUGCUAUGGAUAAAUCAUUCUCUAUACUCGUAAAUGAAAAUCCAGCAUCUUACGAUCCAAAGAAAAAGGAAAGCAAUAUUCCAGUCGUCUUAUCCAAAUUCUGUGAUCAAAUUCUUAGAAAAGGUCCACAUCACAUCAGUGAUGAGGCCGAGUUGGAAAAGAAACUUACUGAGGCAGUUUGUCUCUUCAAAUACCUUCCAGAUAAGGAUAUUUUCAUGCUCAACUAUCAAAAAAUGCUUUCAAAGAGAUUGGUAGAAGAUCUUUCUGCAAGUGAGGAUGCUGAAACUCUCAUGAUUAACAAACUCAAAAAUUAUCAAGGUUUCGAUUAUUGUACUAAAUUAACAAGAAUGAUUACUGAUAUGAGACUUUGUAAAGAUAUUAAUAUAAAUUUCCAAAAUCAUUUAAAUGAAAAGAGUUUAACUUUACCAUACCAAUUCAACUUUUAUGUUUUAACUAAUGGUUCAUGGACACUUACAAAUAAACAAACAGCAACUCCAUUCAAACCACCAAGUGAAAUGUUAUCAAGUAUUACAUAUUUCGAAUCUUUCUACAAAAAAAGUUACCAAGGUAGAGUUUUAACUUUCCUUUACGAUUUUUCAAGAGCUGAUGUUGACUCAAGACAAGCCAAAGGAAAAAUAUAUAAACUUACAACUACAGCAUACCAAAUGGCAAUUUUAUUAAUGUUUAAUGGAGCAGAUAAGAUUACUAGAUUCCUUAUUAAUGAUACAAUUGGUUUAGAUGAAACAUCAAUUCGUCUUCCAUUAUUAGCUUUAAUCAAAACAGGUAUUAUUGAGUGUUCAGAACCAAGCUUCAAGAAUUGGAACAACGAUACUGAAUUCACUGUAAAUUCUAAAUUCAGUUCAAAGAAGAUGAAGGUCAGCUGUAAUAUUGCUGUUCAAAUUGGUGAAACUAAACAAUCAGAAGGUCAACAAACUGUCAGCGAACAAGAAAUUGAAAAAGAACGUUUCUUCAAACUUCAAGCUGCCAUUGUACGUAUUAUGAAAUCUAAAAAGACAAUGACUCACAAUGAUCUCACUGUGGAAACUACCACUCAAGUCAGCAAAUGGUUCACACCAAAGAUCACUGCCAUUAAAAAGGCGAUCGAAUACCUCAUCGACCAAGAAUACAUUAGAAGAACUACUGAUGAUAAUCCAUCUGCAAGAAAAUAUGAAUAUAUGGCUUAA